AUGUCCCACUUUGAUCAAAACAUGCCAACCGAAAUCAUCGUUGAUGCCAGCCCUGUCGGUCUCGCUGCCCUUCCCGUUCAAGCUGGAAAAGUUAUCAGCUACGCCAGUCGUGUUUUAUCUGACAUCGAAAGUCGUUACUCGCAGACGGAACGCGAAAUGUUAGCCGUCGUUUGGGGAGGUGAACACUUUCAUCUCUACGUCUAAGGCUCACGUUUUCAGAUCAUCACGGAUCAUAAGCCUCUUCUCGCCAUCUUCAAGACCCAGAAACCUGCAACACCGCCCAUGGACCGAUGGAAACUCCGUCUCAUGCCUUAUAAUUGCAAGUUACAAUACCGCCCUAGGAAAGACAACCCCGCUGACUUCUUGAGCCGCCAUCCCGAGCCAGUAAAUUUCAUAAACGAAACUGAGAACUUAGCUGACCUUUACGCAAAUUAUGUUUGCUCGAACGCCAUUCCCAAAGCCAUAACUCGUGAAGCAAUCAAACUUGAAACCAAGCUGGACCCUCUCCUCCAAAAAGUAGCCACAGCGAUUUCCCUCAACAACUGGACUCAUCCAACUGUCGAACGCUACCACCGUUUCCAAGACUAA